AUGAAAAAUCUCCUACAGGCCCGAGGGGGGCCUUAUGCCUCACAUACCGCCUCAAUGGGCGGUCUUCCAACAACUAUCCCCGAUGUCCCAGUCUGCGCUGUUUUCCUCGUUCUAUACAUUUGUUUCGCAGCAACAAACAUGACCAUCUUCCAGCUCAACCGUCGGAGAGGACACAAAUUUAUCCUAUCGGGUUUGAUGUUUGGUUUCUGCAUGUCAAGACUCGUCACCCUCGUCCUGCGCAUCGUCUGGUCCCAAAAGCCAACGAACGUACGACUUGCGCUAGCCGCUCAGAUUUUCGUUAAUGCCGGCGUGUUGAUCCUUUACAUCGUCAAUCUCCUUCUCGCCCAACGCAUCCUCCGAGCGAAGCAGCCACACAUCGGGUGGAAUCCGAUCUUGCGCCAUGGUUUCAAGGUCAUCUAUGCGCUGAUUGGAGGCGCCUUGAUCAUGGUGAUCACUGCUGUGGUGGUGAUUGUUUACACCUUGAAUCCUAGCGUCCAAAAUAAAUGUCGGGAUGUUGAGCUUGCGGCUCUCACCUACCUUCUCGUGUUCACCUGCCUCCCUGCUGUACAUGUUGCCGCAGCAGUGUUGCUUCCGAAGUCACAACAUGAGGAAAGGUUCGGACAAGGAAGCUCACGGAGCCAAGUGCUUAUUGUGACUGCGUCUGCUUGUCUAUGUAUGACGAUUGCUGGGUUCAAAACUGGGGUCAACUGGAGCCCUGUACGACUUGACACCAACCCAGCCUGGUAUGAUUCCAAGGCUUGUUUCUAUGUUUUUAACUUCACAUUGGAGAUCAUUACGCUCAGCAUCCUGACUUUCAGUCGAAUUGACAAGCGAUUCUGGAUUCCCAAUGGUUCAACUAAGCCGGGAGAUUAUACGCAUCUUGGGAAGAAUACUCCGACUGGGGCUGACGCUGACUCGCUUGAAGUCUCAUCGUUGACACACGAGAAAACUGGCCAAGCAGCUUGA